AUGCCAAAUUACGGAACUAAAAAUUACUGGGAAAAGCGUUAUAAAAAGCAAAAGAAUACAGUAUUUGAAUGGCUAGAGAACUACUAGGAUUUAAAAGAAAUCAUCAAUGAGAGCUGUUAAAAAGACGGAAUAAUUCUAAAUUUAGGAUGUGGCAAUAGUGUUAUUUAAGAAGAGAUGUAUGAUGAUGGAUACAAAAAUAUUUAUAAUAUAGAUAUAUCAGAAGAAUGCAUAAAAUAGAUGGAUAGUAGAAAAGGCAAUAGACCAGAACUGAUUUACGAAGUUAUGGACUGUACAGAGCUUAAAUAUGAAGAUGAGAAAUUUGAUUUUGUUAUAGAUAAGUCUACUAUUGAUGCUCUUUUGUGUGGAGAUUACAGUUAUUUAAAUGUUGCAAAGAUGAUGUCAGAAGUAUAAAGAGUGCUUAAGCCUAAUGGCGUUUACUUAAUUGUGAGCUAUGGCGAACCUUAUAAUAGGACCUUCCAUUUUGAAAGGAACCAUAUCGACUUUACAUAUACCGUUAAGGCAUUACCACCUAAAGGUACCUCUAAACAAGAUUUCUAAAAUUAAUAUAAAGCCAUAAAAAAUUUUGAGUUUUAAUAUAUCAAAUAUUAUCUAAAUACAAUUCUAAAAUUUAUAAUUCUGAUUUGUUUCUAUUUUCUAAAUGCCUUAGAUGCCCAAGAUGGAAGCGGAUAAAAAUAGAACCCUCAUUAUGCCUACAUACUUAAGAAAGGUCCAAAUGCAUAGUAAAAAUAUGAAAAUAAUUACGAAGAAGUUAUUCUCGAGUUAAUUGAAGAAGAAAAAGAAGCAUUGAAGUUGUAUGGCGCUUCUAAGGAUUAGGAUUCUGGUGAUGAGGAUUCAUAAAGUGAUGAAGAGAAAUAAUUAGAAGAAGGGGAAGAUAGUUAAGAGGAAUGCGAAGAUAAAUAGUUAAGCAGUCAAUAAAAUACAGAUGAUUAAAGCAAAGAAGAAGAAAUAAAUGAACUUAAAUUAGAAAGUUUUGAAACAAAAGAUAAACAAUAAGAUGAAAGAGAAUGUAAAAAUUUAGAAAUUGGUAAUGAACAAAAGUUUGAAGAAUUGAAGUUAAACUGA